AUGGUGCCAAUUCUCACUGAGCAUGUCAUGUUAAGGCCAUAUCACACGCACGCUGCAGACGCAAGUUCCCGCUUGCGUAUUUUGGCAGCUGCCGGUAAAUGGAUCUUUGCAUUAGCCGUCCAGACCGCCUUGACCGCCUUCCAGAGCCGCCAGAUGAAGAGUUCAAUGACAGCGGAGCUACCUAACGGCAAACUUGAUGGUGAUUCCCAACAGGAAAUAUAUCGCCGUAUCAUCCGUAACGUCACAUAUUUCUAUCCAUCUUAUGUGUACUUCGAAGUUUUCACGUUCCUAAGUUUCUGCAAACUUAAAAAUGGAAGUGUUCAAGCAGCCAAUGGCCAGCGCAAGUCCGUCUCCACUGAAGGGUUCCCCCUCCCUCUCGAACCAAGGACGACUUCUGUCUCCACGAGAACUGGCACGAGGAAAAAAUAG